AUGUUGUGCUACGGUGAAAUCAAAACAGCGUUGCUUGAUCUAACAAAGGAAUGUCACAAGCUUUGGGAAGAAAAUAAGGAUAUGCAGGGUCGAUUCGUAAAUUAUCUGGCGGAAUUGCACCGAAUGCAAAUUGCUGUGAGCCAUCUUGAACGUGAUCAUCGGGACGACAAAUUAUCACAGGCACGGACAUCAGUAAGUGAUAUGCAAAAACAGGCAAGCCAGCUAUACAGUGCGCUUAUGGAGAAAAGGUGUAGUCUGACGCAGAAACUAAAUGAUGGAGUGCAUAAUGUCGCACUGUUGCAAAAUCAGCUGAUUAGUGAUUACUUAUAUGACUGGAAAAACAGACAAAAGCUUCAACAAAUUGGCGUGCCGUUUGAGGAACGCGACCAAAUGAUUGAUGAAAUACAAACGGAAUUCGAAAUGUUAGCGGAACAGAACUGGCAGCUGAGAACAUAUGCAUGUUGGCAGAUGGAUUUGCUUCGUCGAGGUCCACAAAUGAAUGGUCAUAUGGCGCAGACGCACAUUGCAAGUUUGAAUUCGGUGCUAGAUAACCUAACAAAGUUGCUGUGUAUGUUGGUUUCCCAAAGUUUUGUUGUUGCCAUCCAACCUGAACCGGUCUUGAAAACACAGCAUAAAUUUCUUGCGGAGGUGAGACUUCUUAUUGGCGAUAAAUUGGGCAUCAAACAACAUCUUGUCAAUACUAAUGUCACUGUUCGGAUCAUUGCUGAGGAAGAAGCUCGGUUGCUUAGCACUGCACAGCUGUCCGAAAAAGACGUUAAAACUGUUGGUUCUAUAAGCAACGACUUCGAGAAAAUGACUACUGAUGAUAAAGGCCACAUGUCUGCAAAAUUUAGCAAUUCGAAGCUGACGCGUAUUGCGCAUCGAAAGCCGCCACCAAAAGGAGGACAAGGGGACUGCAAAGUGUUGGUGAAUUCACAGACAGCUACCGACCAGAAAUAUGCAUUACUUUUUCAUAUAACUCCUUUUCAACUGGGCAAUCUUGGGAAGUUCGAUGUUUGGACAUUGUCAUUACCAAUUAUGGUUACAGUACAUGGAAGUCAAGAUUGUGAUGCACAAGGAGCCAUACUUUGGCAGAGAGCUUUUUCUGAUGUGAAUCGUACGACUUUAUCGCCAGAAAUAGGUUCUAUCUCAUGGAAAGAGCUUGCCCAGGCCCUUCGUCAUAAAUUUGCAAUUUCCACUGGUGCAGAGCGAGCGAUCAGCGAUUCGGACCUUUCUUACAUGGCUGAGAAAUUAAAGGUUUCUGCCAAUGAAGAAGGACAAUUAAUAACUUUACAUCGGUUUGCGAAACAAAAUCUGCGAGAUGACGUCAAUUUCUCAUUCUGGGAGUGGUUUUUUGCCAUUAUGCAACUUAUCAAGCACAAACUUUUGAAGUUUUGGGACGAAGGGUGGCUAAUUGGUUUUAUAAGUAAACAAGAUGCGUCGUCGCAAAUGGUCAAGGCUCCCCAUCCCACAUUUCUCUUGCGUUUUAGUGAUACUCAAACUGGCGCUGUUAGUAUUGGCUUUGUUUGCGACGAUGAGGAUGGUAAAGUGCCUUUUCAUCUUUCACCAUUUUCUAUAAAAGAUCUCGAUCAGUUUUCUCUGGCACAACGUAUUGCAUCAUGCCCACAACUGAAAGAUAUCAAAUAUCUAUAUCCGGACAUUGAUAAAGAAGACAUGUUGCGAUAUUUUGAAACUGAAGAACGACAAAAAUCUUUAUCUCCAACGGGCUAUAUUCAGUCUGAAAUCGUCAUGGUUGCAAAAACUGGAGGAAGAUCUGGGUGUCAAACUGGUGGAGAUAGCCCAUUAUUGUCAUUCUCAACACAAACUAAAUUGGACUGGUCCCCGGGAGAGAUAAUUGCUCGAACUCAGUCUACAGAAAUGAAUGAGAAUUAUAAUAGCGAAGAAAUAGUAUCGGUGUUGUCAAGCAGUUUUGAAAACGAUGUUGAAGCACUGCUUGGACCAGGUUUUCAUCAGCAGCUACCUAAUCAACCUCUCCAACUUGUCGACAUAUCGUUUAUUGAUGGCUGCAGCAGUUCGCUAAGUAAACCUUACGACGUUAUGGAAGAAUAG